ACACUAGCUGUUGGUGAAUGUGGACGUUCUGGGCUUAAGUCCACUCCCCGCCCCAAGUUCUCCGUAAGUGUUUUGGGGGAUCAGCCGCACUGUGAUGAGGCCAAGGCAGUGGAUAUUCCCCACAUGGAUAUUGAGGCGCUGAAGAAACUCAACAAGAAUAAGAAAUUAGUUAAGAAGUUGGCCAAGAAGUAUGACGCCUUUUUGGCCUCAGAAUCUCUGAUCAAGCAGAUUCCACGAAUCCUGGGCCCAGGCCUGAAUAAGGCUGGCAAGUUCCCUUCCUUGCUGACCCACAAUGAAAACAUGGUGGCCAAAGUGGAUGAAGUGAAGUCCACCAUCAAAUUCCAGAUGAAGAAGGUGCUGUGUCUGGCAGUGGCUGUUGGCCAUGUGAAGAUGACAGAUGACGAGCUUGUGUACAACAUCCACUUAGCAGUCAAUUUCCUGGUGUCCUUGCUCAAGAAGAAUUGGCAGAACGUCUGGGCUUUAUACAUCAAGAGGACCAUGGGCAAGCCCCAGCGCCUGUACUAAGGCACAGUUCAAUAAAUCCUAGUGCUACC